AUGGAGAGGGAGAUAAAGGGCCUUAAAGUGGAGAUGGAGAAGCUGAGGAAUCUCCCUCGCUAUUCAUCCAAAGAGAAUGAAAGCGAGCGAACAUACGCAAACACGGCUUCCUCGGCUGUGUCGACGGAGGAGGAAGAAAAUAGUAGGUCGCUAGAGCUUGAUAGGAAUGACACCCAGUGUCUUGUGCGAAAAAAGUGCGAUCAGACGCGAUCUCAGCGAACAAAAAGAAAUCUCAGGGUACCUCGAAAAGGCACAGAGAGUCAGACGAGGGAACAAGAGUUGGCUACGCCGCACACGAAAAUCGCGCCGCUGAAAACGAAAAAUGAUCAAAAGAUCGUAGUAAACAGGCAGUCAUGCGUUAGUCCUGCUGAAUCAAACCUUCCUAAAUCGGUGGAAGGUUGUAGCCGGGAUGCACGCGAUGAAGACUCUGUAGGUAUGAUUAUACCACAAGGCCGUCUAGUGGAUCGCAGUAAAUGCAUCGUUAUAAAGGGCAUGCCUGAGUCUGUUUCCGACGCUCCAAAGGACAGAAUACAGCAUGACAUACAAAUAUUCCAGGAAUAUCUCAAAUCGAUCUUAAUAAGAGACGAAAAAGUCACAGUAUUAAAGGCUUUCAGGAUGGGCAAAAUUAAAGACUCAAAACAAGAUCCAGACCGACCGAGACCGUUAAAAACUGUCUUUGAGAAUGACGAACAAGCGCAGCUACUUUUGAGCAGGAAAGCUGCGCUUAAACACGCCCAUCCAUCAGUUUUUUUUCAGCUGGACUUUUCACCUGCGGAGCGAGAAAAAUGGAGGGGGCUCAAAUUGGAAGUGCUCAGGCGGUCGAGUCUGGGCGAGACAAAUCUCCGAAUAGUGGACGGAAAAAUUAUACGCGUCCAGACGCCAUUCCUCUGGAGAAAGCCCAUAACUCUAACAGCUUAGGAAUGAUGGAAAGCAGUUCAUCCCGAUCAGCUCCGACCGGCUUUUGCAUUCAAUCCCAAGAAAUGGAUAAACGUCAGUAUGCCGGAGUUGCUCGUGCCAAAUUGAGAUUUUUGUAUACCAAUGUUCAAAGUCUCGUUUCGAAAAUCGACGAACUCAAAGCGAUAGUACCGAAACGAAUCCCCGACGUCAUCGCCAUAACGGAAACUUGGCUUAAUGCCGAAAUAAUGGAUGUUGAGAUUUCGAUACCGGGUUACCAGCUGUUUCGUAGAGACCGUCAAAAUAGGCAGGGCGGAGGGGUAGUCGUAUAUGUAAGGGAAGGAAUUUCAGCAGUUGAAAGAGCCCACACCCUCUCCCUUGAAUAUGAAUCCGUCUGGAUAAAGAUAAAGAAGAGCAAUGCACAAAAUCUAGAAUUUCUGGCGAUUUAGAGACCACCAAAUCUUCUGAGUGCAGCUGAUGAGUCGCUCCUUGGUUUAGUCAAAGACGUAGCUAGCCACCAAGAGGUACUUAUUGCUGGGGAUUUCAACGCAUCUGCAAUAGAGUGGGAAACUAUGGCAGUUAACGGUGGACCAGCCUCUUUCAGCAAUAAGCUACUGGACCUCACACUCGAUCUCCCUCUGGCGCAACAUGUGAAGGUACCAACAAGAUUUCGAGAGAACCAGAGAGCAAAUUGUCUAGACCUAGUGUUCACUAAAGACUUCUCUAAUAUCGACGAAGUGUAUUCCAAUGCACCUCUCGGGAAAAGUGACCAUACUACGCUACUAUGGGAUUACUCGCUCUUCUCUAAACGCCAGAAGACAACAGAGGGCCAACCUAAUAUAUGGAAGGCAGAUUUUAAUAUGAUGAAGAACGAAUUGCUGUCCGUGAAUUGGGACCAAAUACUCAGGGGAGAUCCGGAGGACGACUGGAGAUCUUUUAAGACGAUUUCACUCGAUCUGAUUAGGCGCUGUUGUCCACCUAAAGUACAAAAAACAACUAGUCGACCUGCUUGGUUAACUAGGGACCUAAAUAGGCAGCUACGGAAGAAAAGCAAAAGAUGGAAAAUAUUCAGGGAAACUGCGUCCCCAGCGCAUUUCGAAGAAUUUCGUCGUCAACGAAAUGCCGUCAGAAAAUGUAUCCGUCAGGCACGGAAGGAGUAUGAAUCCAAAAUUAUACGACAGGCUGAACAGAAACCUAAGAUUUUAUUUCACUAUCUGAACAGUAGACUGAAAAAUAAGGACCCGGUCGCGGUGCUGAAGUAUGGUAAUGGUGUGGAGAUCACUGUGAACAGCGAGAAAGCCGAACACUUAGGACAGUAUUUUGCCUCGGUUUUUACUUGAGAAACAGAGUUUCGCAGUCGCAGUGCUAACAAUGCUGUUGAGACUGCUGAUCGCGUGCUUGACUCCAUACUGUUCCCGACAGCUGUCGUGGAAAGGGAGCUGAAAAAUCUCAAGGAAACAAAGUCCUCGGGUCCGGACAAUAUACCGGCCAAAUUCUUGAAGGAACUGGCGAAUGAACUUUCCAAACCACUGGCGCACAUCUUCCGCUCGUCAUUCGAAUUAGGGAGGUUGCCAUCGGAAUGGAAGACAGCAAAUAUCUUUCCGAUAUACAAGAGCGGGGCUCGCACUAAUGCUAACAAUUACCGGCCUGUUAGUCUAACCUGCAUCUGCUGUAAAAUAAUGGAGGCCAUUGUUAAGAAAGCAACUAUGGAGUUCCUGGAGCAGGGCCAUUUAAUCUCAGACCUGCAGCACGGCUUUAGACAGAACCGCUCGUGUCUUUCCAGUUUAUUGCUCUCGACGGAGCAGUGGACUCGCGCACUGGACGAGGAUGGGAGGGUUGAUGUCAUAUACACAGACUUUAAGAAGGCGUUCUACAGCGUCCCACACAAACGCCUUAUCUACAAACUUUCUGAAACUGGGAUAAGAGGAACGCUGCUGACAUGGAUAACAGAUUUUCUUACCGGGAGAUCGCAAACCGUGUGCAUUGAGGCCUCAAGGUCAACUCCUACUCCCGUUCUAAGUGGUGUAACCCAGGGCUCCGUCUUACAGCCGUUGCUAUUCCUGGUUUACAUUAACGACUGCGUCGACGACCUGGGAUGCAGCGCCAUCAUGUUUGCUGACGAUGUUAAGCUGUGGAGACCCAUCAGAUCUGAUGCAGACAGGUACGCGCUUCAAGACAGUCUCAACCGUCUGAACAGUUGGUCAGCUCGCUGGCUCCUCAAUUUUAAUGUGGACAAAUGUGUGGUCCUGAGACUCCGCACCAGACGGACCAGUAAGGAGGACGAUUCCUUUCAGUACGUCCUUGUUGGUCAGCCCCUUUCAAAUGUUGUGGAACAGAAAGACCUGGGCGUCCUACUGACCUCCUCGCUGAAACCAUCUUCACAGUGUCGAAGGGCAGCCAAAAGUGCGAUAAGGGUGUUAUUUGCGCUGAGGCGAGGAUUUGUGCAGAUCGAUAAACAGCUGUUCGGAAAAACCUAUGGGGCAUUCGUCCGGUCUCACUUAGAGCAUGCAGUCCAGGCCUGGCGACCGUGGUUGAAGAAAGAUUAUCAACGACUGGAAAGAGUACAGGCGAUGGCUACGAAGAUGGUCAAGAAUCUUCAUCAUUUGCCUUACGAAACCAGGCUGACCGAACUAAAUCUGUUUCCUCUAAAUUACAGGCAACUGCGUGGCGAUCUCAUUCAAACCUACUGGAUUGUCAGAAACCGUGAGUGUGCCCUAGACUUUGAUGAUUUUUUUGAAUUGGCCCGGACUGACUGUCUGCGUGGUCAUCCCUUCAAACUGCAAAGGAAGCGGGCUCAUUCGGACGGCCGACGGAACGCAGUCUCUCACAGGGUCAUCGGGGCAUGGAAUGGACUCCCUGAUGCCGUCGUUCUUUCCGAAAGUGUCAAAUCCUUUAAGUGCAGACUAGACGCUCAUUUGUUGAGAACCUACUGUACAUACAAUAAUGAUUGUUUUAGCGGCGGCAGUUUGCGCCUAGCUCACACUUACCGCUAACUUCUUAACUUUUCGCAUUUGCUGAUGUAAUUGAUGACUUUCUUUCUGUUUAUCGAUAUGAAUAGGGAGCUCAAGGGCGAAAGCCUCAUUCCCUUAAUAAACUGACUAAACUGACUUAGACUUAAAAAAUUCCUACAGACCGACAGAAUUGUCUUAAACACUUAUCGGCACGUUUUGUCCCAGUUCCGAAGAAUCCCUUUUCCCGUUUCUGAUAUUGGCUGAAAAUAUCUGAAAUGAGGCAAUUUAUGUUAAUGACUUUUCUUAUGCUCAACUUAGAAAAGUAAGCCUUUGGCCCCAAUUCACUCUCUUCGCUCGCCUAGAGCGUACUUUUAGCUGCUGAAGAGGCAAAGCAAAGACAUGUCAAAAGCCUCUCAAUUAUAUUUAUUUCUUCAUGAGUAAUUGUUGUUUCGAAUCGAGUGAAUGUAAAUAACUUCAACCUCAGUAGCGACAGGUUUUCUCCAAAACACUCAAUGCUUGUCCUUCUAUAUGGUUGUUAUAUCGUCUGAAGGAGGCUUCGUGGAGAUUUAUAGAAAAAAUAGGUUCAGAUGAUUUAUAAAAGUUUUGUGAUAGUGGGUUUAAUCAGCCUUUCAAAAAACUGGAGCUGACUUCACUUUAUAGAGGACUUUCAACCAUGAGUUGAAAAGUAGAAGACUAGUCCCGCACCGGAAAAAUUUGUUUAUUUUUCGGAACCUUCGAACUCGAGCAGAAGUCUAUCGUCUGGGAUAACAGCAGCAACAGAACGCGCAACCGUUAUAGGGAGAUUAACUAAUCAGCGAUCAGUGACGCAAAUCUGGAGGCGGCUGAAUAGGACACCAUAUGAGACGUCAGAUCGAGAGGUCGAUCCACUCAGUCCUCAUCCGAAACCCGGCCUUUUAUCAAUUCUUGGCGUGUUUUGCCUUCAGUAUGAGGCUGAGAGGUUAGACUCGUGGUCAUUUUCGGAGACGUGGGCAGAUACUUGCGAUAAUUCGUCAACCGGUCUUACAACCAGUUGACGUUCGUGAAUGCACGAGAAAAAUUCCCAAGAAUUUACCUUCUGCAAUGAAUAUCUGCCCACGCAUGCUUCGAGCGCAUUUACAUUUGUGCCUUAAGUUAAACACUUAGACCUACAAAUGUGGCCCUGCACGACAUAAGUAGUCGGCCCAUCACCAAAGCAUUUAUAUUUAACUUUUUCGGUAAAGUGAAUUGUCAUAGUCGAAAAAUACAGCAUUUGGUUAGUAGACGGAUCCCAACAGAUUUAUACAAUGAAGAUUUUAGGUUGUCGGCCAUCAGGACACUCGUGUGCACUGACUUAACUGUUAAAUCAGUUAAAAAUACUUUAAUAAAUUCAUUUGAAAAGUCAGGUUGGCGAACACGCGUUUUCGGUAAUCCUUCGUCAGGCCAAUACAAUUACAUGAAGGAAUGAAAAUGUACAAAAUCAACAGUGUUUAUAGAUGUCUCAAAGGCUAUUAAGUCACUAACACUCAUCAUCCCCACGCCGCCCGCAUGAGAAGGUGGGCGGGUGUUAGUCGUCAGAGCUAGGGGAGGGGGGUAAGAGAGUCUUUGAGUGAUGUUCUUGGAUUGAGUACACGGAGUAUCCAUCAUCGUGAUUAGGGAUUUGAGGCAGCAUGGCUUCAUCACUUGGGGUUGGCGUUGGCCACGGCAAAGAAAGCGCUUGUGACAGAGUUUUCGGACAGCAUAACACCGGAUUCGCUAGCCGUAUAGCUACUGCCUCGGCCGUUGCUAGUAUCCGUUGGCGUAGGCCUUUAGAGAAGCAUGUUGUUGUCCGGUAGACAACCUGAAAUGCUUUCUUGGCACCGACUCGGUGGUUCGUAUCGAUUAAAUGUGCGAGAAUAGAACUCGAAAUCGACCGGAUCUCACCUCUGUCUAGCCAGGCGGGCAUAUGUUCACGCACCCUCUUUACCAGGCGUCUCGUUGCGCGGCCGGUGUAUCCUGCUCCACAGAAGCAAGUAAAUGAAUAAAUGUACAUUUAUGUGGCCUCCAACGGUAGUCUGUCUUUACCUCCCAAACGUAGGAGGGGAGAGUUCGUGAAGCAUACGCGUAAAUUCGCCGCAGGGAAUGCCCUCGUGAUAGCUGUAGUUAGGCGCCGUCGGACUAGUUCGCUCUCUGCGUCUCCUGCAGAAGGCAAUCUUAUGAAUACACCUUUCUUUUCCGCAGUCGAAUCAGUCGGCUUUUCGGCGCGUUCCCCAAUAUUUCGGAGGAUAAAUCUAUCUGGGUAUCCGUUCUCCCGAAGUGUGUUCCGCAACUGUUGAAGUUCUUCUUCAAUAGCUUCAGGUGAGCAGAUGCGUCUCACUCUAGCCGCCAAUCCCUGGACUAAAUUCCGUUUGAUGUUGAGGGGGACAAAACUGUGGAAAUUAACGUAUUGUCCCGUCCAGGUUUUCUUUCGGAACACCCCGCGCUGGAUAGACCCAUCCUCUUGCCUGUGCAGAAGGACAUCGAGAAAGGCAAGUUCGUUAUCUGCCUCGGUCUCUGCAGUGAACUUAAGCGAGGCGUGCGCACUGUUGAACUUUUGGACAAGCUCCCCGGUAUCGGUGGUACCAUCCGCCAGGCAGAAGAUAUCGUCCACGUACCGACCGUAGAAGACGAGGUCAUUAAUGGUCUCUUGCAAGCUUGUUUUCUCGACUUUGUCCAUAAAAACAUUUGCAAGGAACGGUCCAAGCGGUGA